AUGGAAGCAUUAACGUCAACACCAUACGAUAUACUUGGAGUAAAAAAUACUGAUAAAGAUUAUUGUUUCCCUAAAGCAUAUCGUACUCAAAUUCGUGAAUAUAAACAAGAUCGACUUCGGACGUCAGGAAUUCGUAAAAUUACGCCUGAACAAUUUCGACUUAUUUGUCGGGCUUAUGAAACAUUGUCUGAUCAUGAUAAACGUAAAAAAUAUGAUCAAGAUGGAGAAUGGAGAAGAAAUAUAUCUCUAGACAACUAUACAUUACAACAAUUAGCUGCUGAGCCUGAACUUGCUACAGAAUUAAAAAUUCGGUUACAAAACUCAACAUUAAGAACCAUAAAUGCACAGGAUCCACAAACAGGACACACAGCACUCUAUUGUGCAGCACGUGCUUGUAAUCUAGAAGCUGUCUACUAUUUAAUA